AUGGACUAUGAAUCGCUGAACGAGGAGCUCAUAUCAAUCUACCAAAAAAAUUCCAAGAAUAGCGAUGGAUUUGCUGAUCAGAUUCUUUCUCGCGCUGCAAGACUUGGAGUUCUGCAAGCUGCAAUGCUGGAGGAUUCCAAUGCAACUAUUGACCCAUCUAUUGUCGCUUUGCUUUCGCAGACCAUCGAAGAAGUCACCAUUGCUGCAACUGCAAAUUCUCAAGCACUAGAAAACUAUCUACCUGUACGACAAGCUCCGCAAGAAGGCUUUGGAAGUAGAGAAAUCUCUUCUUUGGACGCGGAAGGAUUUUUUGAAGAGUACCCAGAAUGUAUGAAAGUGCUUCCGGAAACAGACUCGACCAGCGACAGUGAUAGCGAUGACUCAAGUGUAGUAGAAGUUGUUUCAUCGAGGAGACCACGAAAGAAUUUGAAGCUUGGCAAUCCCCAACAGGAACUAAAAUUGUCUUCAACCCAAACCAAAAACAAUUCCGUUCAAAAUGCGAGCAUAUCUGCUCCACCACCACAACAGAGUAGACCCAUAUCCAACCCAUACCAGAAACGGGCACAGCCAAAUAUUAACAAUCGCGGUCUCGACUCGCGUUCCAAUCCAUACGCCAAGAAUGCAGCCCAAUCAAAUGCAUUCGUCUAUACUCAAGAAACGCAGGAUCAGAGUGAUACCGCAGUUCGGAAAACUGCAUCCAAUAGCCAACUACGGCAACAUCAUCAACAACAGCACCAUGCAUAUGGGAAUCCAAUAGCAAACUCCUCUUGGGACAAUCAUCAACAGCAACAAAAUCCUUUUCAGACGGCAAAAGAGAUUGCUCAUGGUAAUGACAACCAAAACAAUUAUCACCAGCACGCCCCUCCGACGUCCAAUGACGGAUGGAAUCGUUACAGUGAUCCUAAUGAUCGGUAUGGAAAUCCUCACAAUGCCUAUCCACCGCUACAAGAGGAGGUAGAAACAGCAGAACACGGUGGCCCUAGUAUUCCGGAUUCCUUGAAACGAAAGUUUCAACCACCCAAAAGGGUGGAAAAUUCUCAGAGAGGAGGCAAAAGCAGUGUAGGAUCUUGCCCGGUGCCAAAGCGAAGCGGGGGUGGUGUGCAAAUCGCGAGACCAACUUCGAGCUCCUCGCGAGCUGACAACGGUGCCAAUGUUGACGACCAAGAAGAGCUUCCGGAGGAGCUGCAACAUCUGGACAAGGAAUUAGUCAAGAAAAUUCAAAAUGAAAUCAUGGAGAGCGGGGACAAGAUCACAUUUGAUGAUAUUGCUGGACUGGACGAAGCCAAGCAAACAGUCCAAGAAGUUGUUUGCUGGCCAAUGAAACGGCCUGACCUUUUUACAGGGCUACGAAGGGCACCAAAUGGUCUUCUUCUCUACGGUCCUCCAGGAACUGGAAAAACUCUGAUUGGAAAGGCGAUUGCUCAUGAGUCUGGUGCUACGUUCUUUUCUAUUUCGAGUUCGUCGCUGACAAGCAAAUGGAUCGGGGAAGGAGAGAAACUAGUUCGUACUCUCUUUGCCGUUGCUGCAUUCCGCCAACCGGCAGUUGUAUUCAUUGAUGAAAUCGACUCGCUGUUGACACAGCGAAAGGCCAGUGAAAACGAAGCAAGCAGAAGAAUCAAAACUGAAUUCUUAGUUCAAUUGGAUGGGACAGGAACGACUGGACAAGGGCGGGUCUUGGUCAUUGGGGCUACCAAUCGACCCCAAGAACUGGACGAAGCAGCACGACGCCGAUUCACAAAGCGACUAUACAUUCCGCUACCGGCCGAAAUGGACCGUUCCAUUCUUUUACAGGUCAUGCUGAAAACGAACAACCACAUUCUAUCGAUCGAGGAGGUUCAGAAGCUGGCUAGGGAAACAGAUGGGUUUAGUGGAGCUGAUUUGAAAGCACUGUGCACAGACGCCGCAAUGGGGCCAAUCAGGCAACUUGGAGAUCGAGCUUUGACCAUUGAUGUGAAAGAUGUGCCAGCAAUUUCGUACAAGCACUUCCGCAAGUCCUUGAAAGGGACGAAACCAAGUGUUGCUCCAUCGGACCUUAUUCAAUACGAGGAGUGGGACAAAGUGUAUGGUACAAACCGUGCAUCCGAAGAAGACAGCAGUAGCGACGAGGAAUGA